AUGUCUGCGAAUCAGGCCCCGGCAUCUUCGAAUAGAAGAGUAACAUCAUACGGCUCAAUAACUGAAGACCCCAUGAUUCAAGGGAGCGGCUCUGCUUCCCCACGAUACUCACCUAACCUUCAGCCGUGGAGGAGGCAACAGGCGCAGAGCUCACUUUCGUUCGUUCCACCAACAUCCCCCCGACAAGAACAGUCGGAAUAUACUACAGCGCCUCAAUCCCGACGGCCAGCUGAGCGUGCCCCCGUGUGUAUGUCGCCUUUUCGCUCCGUGCGCAGAAUGAAACAACCCUUCCAGCUUCGUCUACCGUCCUCUCCAUCUCUCGAAAGCAUCGCGUCGGCUGCAAAGGAGGCCAGACUGUCGCGACAAAUGUCCGGAAGUCAAACGUUACGAGCCUGGCGCUCGGAUCAAAACAUUAAUGUUACCAGCUUGGACUCCUUCGGCCUUCUGCCCAGCCCCCCUCUGUCAGACACCUUAGAUUCCCAAUCGUCGCCGUCCUCGGCUUACUUUUCAUCGAAAUACGAUUCCGAGUCAGACUAUGACCCAAGAACACCGAAAGGCUGUUUCUGCACACCUGGGAAGGAAUCUUGUGACGACUGCGGCGGUCGAAAGCAGGAUGAUCGACGGGAGACCUCGACACAUGAAGAGAAGACUACAAAUGUACACAUGGCUCACUCCCAGCUGGUCAAACAAUGCGAGUCGACAGGGGGACAGCUGCCCCAGGAGUCGGCCAACCCAGACCCCAUACCAUCGCCCGUACCGUCCGCGGGCUCCGAGACCUUUGGAAAGAGGAAUUUCUCGGGUUCUUCCAAUGGAUCACAGAGGAGUAGGUCAGGGACAGUGUCUAGCGAGGGAAGCUGGGUCCCCAGCAGCCUCUCUUACUGUGGCGAUUGGCUUCAGGGCGCUCCUGUGGAAACAGCUGAUGUCCAAGGUGAAAAAUCCCGAGAACAGAGCCGAAGGAAAUGCCAGAUUGUGCAGAAAAGCCCACCGCGUUUGAGAACAGCCACGUCUGACAAACACGAAAUCUGUACGGUGGCCAGAAAGUCAAAACCCAAGUUGGUUGACAUCUCGCGUCAGUCAUCUCCCGCGAUGAGUUAUACGCUUCCAGCACCGCCACGCCCCGUUCCAUCCACCCCCGAUCUUGGUCAGCAGGAAGUCUCUGCCUUCAGUCCGGACACCCCGAUGGAGAUGUCCGACAGUGGGUACAUUACCCACCGCUCGUGUUCGUCCCCCGACGACUUCCCAGACGACAAGGAGGACGACGACGAUGACUACACAGAUGCAGGGUCCCUGAGUUCAGAGAGCGUUGGUGAGACUGUAGUAUGCAACCAGCCAACGCCAGCCACUCUCGAUGCAAAGUCUCCGCCCAAGCCGGAGAUGCCCCCGAAGUUCAGCACAUCCCCUCAGGUACAAGCAUCCCCUGGGCGCUCCUCCAUCAUGUCAGAAAAGGAGGAGUUGGAAAAGUGGUGGGAUCACGAAUGGACCAUCGAUCAGCUGGAACAUUCGGUAAAGGACUUUCCACGAAAUAUGCUCCGGUUAACUUCGCCCGUCAUCAUGUUCAUCCGUCACAACAACGAAAGGGCCCUGAUACGGCCGUUCCGGGAUAUUUUCCCCAACGUGGCGGAAAACCUCUUGGGCGGUCUCUGUGCAGCCCUAAUUGCACGAAACUAUGUUGUGACUCUGGCGUCCAAUAACCGACGAAUUAACAACUUCUCCCAUCCUUCCCCCGUGUCCCGCCUGGAUACAGUGCCUGAGAGGGUGGCUACGUCCCCGGGGAUGCAAUUCAGCCCAGCCACUCCGUCCCGAAUCAAGGAACGCGUCCUAGGAUCCCGGAGCAUGGAGCUUCGCAAAGAGCUGGACCGCAUCGUGGAUAACCUGCUUUUUGCUAUAAGUGGCCGAGCAGACGAGACAGUCAAGUCGGCCGUGGUUGUCCUAGCCCAGGUUCUUGAGGCCAAGAACUAG